AUGAAACUAGUGACAAUUCCGGAACAGAACUGAACGUCCCAAAGCCGUCAAAUCCAAAUCAAAGCUUCUGAAACAUGCAGCUGAUGUAUACACACUAGCACUAUAUAAUGACUUUGAAACAGAGUAUGAGUGGGCAAUGGCAUCAUUUUUACGAGCAUUUGCAACAGAAAACUCACAGCUGAAGUUGUUUGAAGUCUCACCAGAAGAAGAUUUCAGCAAUUCACAUACAGUAGCAUACGAUGAGGCGACAACAGAAUUAGUGUGCUCAUGUCAAUGCUUCACAGAGACGGGGAUGCUUUGCUUUCACAUAAUAAGGGUCAUGCACAUGUUCAGCAUAUUUCAAAUACCACAACAAUAUAUCCUUAAGAGAUGGACAAGACUUGCAAAGUCAGCAGUAUGGGAGAAUGUUCAAGCAGACAAGGACCAAAGCCAAAAUGCACAGUUGUGGACACCAUGGAGACAUGCAAUAACCAAGAAUUUCUACAACCUAGUGUCAAUAUGUCAAUCAAAUGAGGAUGCAAGAACAUUAUGUGACAAGUCGUUGAAGGAAUUAUACAAAUCAGUGAAAGAAGUUUUCAAGACUGAUCAACAAAAACAACAAGAAAUCGAAGAUGAAGAACUACGAAGACAAACAGUUGAAAAUCCUGAAGUGAUAAAGACAAAAGGAAGACCACCAAAGGGAAACAAGAGAGUAAAAGGACAUUUUGAGAAGCGUAAAAUGAAGACAAGGCAUCCGAACGAAUAUGGAACAAAAACCCCAAAUGUACCUCAAGUUGAAUAGUGUUCAAAUAAUAUUAGUUUUCAAUUGUAUUCCACUCAGUAAUUGUAUUGAAAUUUACACUUGUUUAUUCCUAAGCUACU